GGUGUACAGACACCGCUCGCGCUCAGGUUUCUCCGCCUCCGUCUGCAGGUAUCGUUUUCUUCAUCAUCUUCAUCGUCAUCGGUCCUGCAGCGUAAAUAUUUAUUUAUUUUAUCUGUCAGCUGUGUGUUUCGUACAGACUACAGCUAUUACACACACACGCGCGCACACACACACUCUCUCACUCAUACACACACUCACUCACAGUCUCACACACACACACACACACUCAUUCACUCACUCACACACACACUCACAUUCUCUCUCUCUCACACACACUCACUCACACACUCUCUCUCUCACACACACACACACACACUCACAUUCUCUCUCUCUCUCUCUCUCUCACACACACACACACACACACACACACACACACACCCGAGGCUGUUUCAUGAGCGCUGGAGGAGACACACCGCUGAAAGAACCCCGGAGAUCCUGAUCCUCUCACCUGAGCUCCCAGCGCACGAGAGUCACAAAGAUGACAUGGCGUCCUCAGUACCGCAGCUCAAAGUUUCGUCAUGUGUUUGGUAAAGCUGCCUCUAAAGAGAACUGCUACGAUGGAGUGCCGAUCACAUGCAGUGUCCAUGACAACCAGCUGUGUGCCGUCAACCCGCGGUUCAUCGCUGUCAUCACUGAGUGUGCAGGGGGCGGAGCCUUUAUCGUCCUGUCCAUCAAUAAUACAGGGAAGUUGGACCCCCAUCAUCCGAGGAUCUCUGGUCACAGAGGGAACGUUCUAGAUGUUAAGUGGAAUCCAUUCAACGAUUUCUGCAUAGCUUCCUGUUCAGAGGAUGCAACGGUGAAAGUGUGGGACAUUCCUAAACAUGGUGUGAUGAAAAACAUCACAAUUGCAUGGAAGGAACUUCAGGGUCACUCUCGCCGAGUCGGACUCAUCGAGUGGCAUCCAACUGCCAGUAACGUCCUGUUCAGUACCGGAUACGACUACCAGGUGAUGGUGUGGAACCUGAACACACCUGAGCAGGUUAUUAAGAACCCGGUGCGUUCCAUCAGCAUUCACACCGACGUGGUUCUCUCUCUGUCCUUUAACACAGACGGCAGCCUCAUAGCCACUUCCUGUAAAGACAAGAAGCUCAGAAUCAUCGACCCGCGCACUGGAACACUGCUGCAGGAGAGCAGCACAAAGACACACAGAGCCAGUAAAGUGAUAUUUCUGGGGAACCUGAAGAUGCUGCUGUCAACAGGGAACUCGCACUGGAACCAUCGGCAGAUUGCCCUGUGGGAUCAGGAGGACCUUUCCCAGCCGUCAUUUCUGGAGGACUUAGACGGUUCCUCUGGGGUGUUGUUUCCUUUUUACGACCCUGACACACACAUGCUUUACAUAGCUGGCAAAGGAGAUGGAAAUAUACGAUAUUACGAAAUCAGCUCAGAGAAACCGUAUGUGCAUUACCUGACUGAGUAUCGCUCUUCCCUCCCACAGAAAGGAAUGGGCAUGAUGCCGAAACGAGGGCUGGAUGUUUGCUCCUGUGAAGUUUUCAGGUUUUACAGACUGGUGACCACAAAGAGCCUCAUUGAGCCACUGUCCAUGAUUGUCCCACGCAGGAGUGAAGCCUAUCAAGAGGAUAUUUAUCCGAUGACAGCUGGGGUUAAACCAGCCAUGUUAGCAGAGGAGUGGCUAAGUGGCAUGGACAAAGGUCCUGUGCUGGUGUCCCUGAAGCCAGGCCUGGUCCCUAAAACAGAGCUGUUUGAGAACGAAGAACCGGUAAAAACUCCCAGUGUUCAAUUAAACACCCGACGGACUCAGAGUCGACCUGGUGUUCAGCAGCUCAACUUCACUGAACCCCAGAGGAACAUGGAUGAGGAAAGAAGUGAAGUGAAGCAAGAGGAUCGAAAAGAACAGAACUUCUCUGAGACUAUUGCUAACGGACAGACAGCUAUCACACUCUGCUCACCACCUAAAACUGAAAAUGAGCUCUUGCAGGUGUAUUAUAAGCAACAGGAGGAGAUCCGUCGGCUCCAUGAGCUUCUCGGUCAGAGAGAUGUACAGAUAAAGCAGCUUGAGCUUGAGAUAAAAAAUGUCAGGAACUCACUCUGAGGAGACGCACACACACACACACACACACACACACACACACACACACACACACACACACACACCUCAAGCUGCCUAAACCUGCUUUAAUCCCAAAACACUGCGUCACUUUUUACAGCUGUGUGCUUAAAUGUGGCUUUUUAAUCUUUAUGUAGUUUUGUUUUUUACAGCUAUGCAAUGUGAUUUUUAAUCUUUUUUAUGUUGGGGGGAAAAGAGGUGAUGUGCCUGUUAUAGACACCACACUGAGACAAAGUGUGUGUGUUUAUGAAUCCGCAGGUAAGACAUGAUGAUGAUUGUGUAACACGCUGAAUGUGUUGGUGAGUUAAACUGCUGUAUGAUAAAUUUACGGGUAUCUCAGAGUGACACACUUUGCUUUUCUCUUAUUUAUUGUUCUUUUAUGUUGCUCUUGAUGUUUGAACUGUUUUUUAAAAGACACUGACAAAAAAAAGAACAAAAGAUCAUUGUGUUGGAUUUGUAGCUAAAGAUCAGAAAGCAGGGUUUGGGAGUGUCUUCGGUGCACUGAGUCGUUUGCUUUAAUUGUUGUUGCUUUAAUUCGACACGGUUUAGAAAAAAAACACAAUAUAUUUAAAAUAUAUUAAGCCAUGAUCAAGACUUAUGUACAGCACUGAUCCUGCAAUAUUAUUAAUAGAAUUAUUAGUUUUUAGACAAACUCGCUCUGAUAGUUAUAUUACACUGGAUUUAUAAAUAAACCACUGGAUUUUAUUCUGUAUUCUGUUCCUAAAAUGUUGAUUUUUCCCUCAAAUUUUUUUAACUAUAGAAUUUCUCAUUUUAUUUUGAUUAUCUCCAUUUUUUACUUUUAACUGAAUAUCAAUAAGAGUUGAAUCUACAUUUAUGACUUGUGUGGGAAGACAAAGUAAACUGUGAGAUGGUCGAGAGAGCAUUACUUUACACUCUCUCUCUCUCGUUCUCUCUCUCUCUCUCUCUCUCUCUGUGUGUGUGUGUUAAUGAGUCAUUUGUUUGAUCUCCACACUCGUCUAAGAGCUUUAUAAUAAGAACAUGUCACUCUCACGCUCGCUCAUCUUCUACUGUUUAUCCGAACUACCUCGGGUCACGGGGAGCCUGUGCCUAUCUCAGGCGUCAUCGGGCAUCAAGGAAGGAUACACCCUGGACGGAGUGCCAACCCAUCACAGGGCACACACACACACUCUAACAUGUCACUCUGUACUGUGAAAACUCAACCCUGAAACAUUAGCAUAUGAAUCUUUAUCAUUAACACGUGCCGUUCUGAUCGUGGUGCAGUAGGGUUUCUCCUCAGUCUGCCUAAAAAGAGUCUAUGGGCAGUGGUGGCGCAACUGGUUAAGGCUCUGGGUUGUUGAUCAGAGGAUCUGCCACUGCUGGGCCCUUGAGCAAGGCCCUCAACCCUCCCUGCUCCAGGGGCGGCCCUCAAUCCUCCCUCGCUGUAUCAUAUCUACCCCUGCAUGCUCAACGUCCUCAGUUGGGGUAUCUGAAGAAAAGAAUUCCACUGUUCUGUAAUGUUUUAGGGGGGAAAAACCAUCGUGGCCUAAUGGUUAGAGAGUUUGACUCCUAACCCUAAGGUUGUGGGUUCGAGUCUCGGGCUGGCAAUAGCAUGACUGAGGUGCCCUUGAGCAAGGCACCGAACCCCCCAACUGCUCCCCGGGCGCCGCAGCAUAAAUGGCUGCCCACUGCUCCGAGUGUGUGUUCAUGGUGUGUGUGUGUUCACCGCUUCACUUAGAGUGAUGCAGCAGUGCUUUAAUCCUUUAUUCUGUCCAGUUCUCUCACCACAUCUGUACACUCUGCUCAUCACCACCAUCCCAUAAUAACACACAUUCUAUAUACACUCAUCUGGUAUAUCGCUGACUUCUAGCUGCACUGCAUUCGGAGUCCAGUGGUUUCUCUAAUUUUUAUAUAACACCAGAAACCAGUCACUGAACACAUGACGGAUAUUUCAGUAUGAACGUGUUUCAGGGUGGAGUUUAACACACCUGCACAGUUUUACAAGUUCACACACAGCAAGAGGUCAUCAAUUAACACUCAAAUAUUAACGUGCUGUUGAAUUCUACACCGAGGCCUCUGUAGUUGUAUGAAAUGUAGUUUAUAAAACUUUACCAGGGUUUGAUUUAUCCUUUACUUCUUCAUCUCUGUACUCGUGACAUCAUCAUCAUCAUCUUAGCUGAUCACUUAAACUCAGACUGAUGAGAAUGAACACAGGGUCAGUCCAACACUGUAGGUGUUUAUUCAGCUCCGGGGAUGUUGUGCUCCUGAGUGAAGCAUUAAACCUGAUGAUGUGGUUUUAUUUAUCAGUGAAUUCAGCUGCAGACUUACAUCAUUGUAACACUGAACAAAAGUCAUAGGUUUAAAGGAAGGCUUUAAAACUGUGUGUUUGUGUGUGUGUGAGAGAGAGAGAGAGAGAGAGAGAGAGAGAGAACAGGACUCUAUCAUUGCCUUUCCUCACAAGUGGCUUUUUAAACCGUCCUAUGAUUUAUUGUGAACUUGUAAAGUUGUUGAUUUAAAUGUACACAAUCAUGCACACUGUACUCCACACACACACACACACACACUGCCAUAGUGUCUCAGCUCAAUUACAGUGUGUUUGAGAACCA